AUGGCGUCUCAACAACAGUUGAAAAAGCAGCAAGAGCUCCAAACCACAUAUCAAAACUACAAGAACACGCUUCAAACGAUUGCCUCAAAGAUUGGCGAUAUCGAACAAGAGACUGAAGAGCACAAACUCGUCUUGGAGACGCUGCAACCACUGCCGGGAGACAGGAAAUGCUUCCGCAUGAUCAACGGUGUCUUGACUGAGCGAACGGUCAAGGACGUUGUACCGAUCCUACAGACCAAUUCAGACGGUCUGAAGCAGGCACUAGAAGAGCUAGUCAAGCAGUACAAGUUGAAACAAGAUGAGAUGGAGAAGUGGAAGAAGAAGAACAAUGUCCAAGUCGUCCAACAGCCAGGGCAAUAG